UCUUCAGUCGCACUAGUUUGCCGGUUUUAAAUUCCACCAAAAAACGAUGGAUCCACAAAAGAAAGGGCUCUCGGACGAGGAACGGCUUAAGCUAGCAGCACAACUGGACAAAGAUCUGGACGCGUUCAUCAACUCGCUAGAGAAGAAGCGGUACACGGAAGGAUGGCCCGAGGACCGAUGGGAAGAGGAAAUGGCCAAGCAUCCGUUCUUCAUGAACAGAUCACCGGAACCGGGUGAAGAGUUGAGCCCACUGAUGGAAGGUCUGCAGCAAUUAAAGUACGAUCCACUGGAAAACACCGAACAAGAGUUGGCCGAUACGUACAAGGAGGAUGGAAAGUUCUAUAUGCAGCACCGCAAGUUCCGCAUGGCUGUCCUAAGCUACACGGAGGCACUGCGCUACAAAGUGGGGGACGCAGAGUACAAGGCCGUCCUGUACAACAACCGGAGUGCCGCCAACUAUCUGCUGAAAAACUAUCGCACCUCCUUGCAGGAUGCGCAGAAGGCACUGCAACUGAAACCGGCCUACGAUAAGGCACGCUGGCGGGCCGCCCAGUGCGCAUUGGCAGUGGAUCGCUUCGACCUGUGUAUCGAACUUUGUGACGCAUUUCUCCAGACAAAUCCUACGGAUGCUUCGGCGAUCGAGUUGCGAAAGGUUUGCGUGGCCCGCAAACAGAAGCAGCAACGCGAUGAACGAAAGGCGGCACUAAAGGAGCGAGAAAGGGAAGCGCAACUGCAAAGAACGUACGAUGAGUUAAGGAAGCGUGCAGUUAAAUUUGAAGAACCAAAUGCACUUACCGAUGAGCAGAAAUUGCGCCCGAGAUUGGCACCGUUGGAGGAUUUCAUGGUUACUGCUGACCCCGACGGUGUACUGCAUUGGCCCGUCGUUUUCUGCUAUCCAGAGUUUCACACAACGGAUUUUCAGCAGCAGCUAUCGGAAGACACAAGAAUGGAUCAAGUACUGGAUUUACUCUUCGAAGAACCGCUCGAGUGUGACAAGGAGCGAGCCUAUCGGACCAGCACCGUUGCCGUGUAUUACGAGAAUAGGAUACUCGGCAAGGCCUACCCGGUGAAUGUGGCGAAAACAAUCCAGCAAAUCAUUGCCGAGAAGACGUUCAUGGUGUUCCAGGGCACCCUUACGUUCUACGUUGUAGUGAAAGGUUCUUCACAAGAGGAAUCAUUCGUUAACCAGACGAGGAUACCGCUGAAAAGAGAAUUUUAAGAACAACUACUCGGAGUCGCUAGGAGGCUGUGGAAUGCUUGCGGGGUGGUUUUUUUCUGAAAUAAAAAAGGAUCUAUCAUGGUAGGCCUAUCAAAACGAGAAAAGCAUCAAAGUAACGGCUGAAGAAAAACUGACACGAAAAUGAAUAGUUCAA